CAUUGAUAAAACGUUUUUAAGCACUCGCCGCUAAAGCCAUCACCACUCCACAGUCAUUUCAUUUCUACACCACUCAACUCUUUUCUCGCUCAAUCUUCUUCGUCGUCUCCGAGCCUCCCAUCCUAGAAUCCAGGUUUCACCUCUCCAUCUCCGCCCUGGUGCAAAUGGCAUCUACCUUUGCCGGCAUGUCUUCUGUUGGGUCGUUGGCUACUCCCAAAAUAUGUGUGAUGGACCCUAAGCUUUCAGCUUCUUCUAAUAAGCUUUCAUCCCUUGCCUCCAUGCCUCCCCUACCCCUUGGGAGGAGAAAUGUUGUUCUACGUAAAUCACGCCGAAGCCAAAUAACAGCUGCUGCCAAAGAAUUACAUUUCAACAAGGAUGGAUCUGCUAUUAAGAAGCUCCAAAUGGGUGUCAACAAGCUCUCUGAUCUAGUUGGGGUCACUCUUGGUCCUAAAGGAAGAAAUGUUGUUCUUGAGAGCAAGUAUGGUGCCCCAAAAAUUGUCAACGAUGGAGUUACUGUGGCCAAAGAGGUUGAGCUUGAGGACCCUGUAGAGAACAUAGGUGCCAAGUUGGUGAGACAAGCUGCAGCCAAAACCAAUGAUCUGGCUGGUGAUGGGACUACCACAUCUGUUGUUCUUGCACAAGGCUUGAUUGCUGAAGGUGUUAAGGUUGUUGCAGCAGGUUCAAACCCCGUAUUAAUUACUAGAGGGAUUGAGAAAACCACAAAAGCUCUAGUGUCUGAGCUUAAAAACAUGUCGAAAGAGGUAGAAGACAGUGAAUUAGCAGAUGUGGCUGCGGUAAGUGCGGGGAACAACUAUGAAGUUGGAAAUAUGAUUGCUGAAGCCAUGAGCAAAGUUGGUCGGAAGGGUGUUGUCACCCUUGAAGAAGGGAAAAGUGCUGAAAACAAUCUACGAGUCGUGGAGGGAAUGCAAUUUGAUCGUGGUUAUAUUUCACCAUACUUUGUGACUGACAGUGAGAAAAUGGCUGUUGAGUUUGAGAACUGUAAGUUGCUGCUUGUUGACAAAAAAAUUACAAAUGCAAGGGAUCUUAUCAGUGUGUUGGAAGACGCUAUCAGAAGUGGCUAUCCAAUUUUGAUAGUUGCAGAAGAUAUUGAACAGGAAGCUCUUGCAACAUUGGUAGUUAAUAAGCUAAGGGGUGCAUUGAAGGUUGCUGCAUUGAAAGCUCCUGGUUUUGGUGAACGUAAAUCACAAUAUCUUGAUGAUAUUGCAGUUUUAACUGGAGCGACUGUAAUUAGAGAAGAGGUUGGCCUUACAUUAGACAAGGCUGAUAAGGAAGUCCUUGGUACUGCUGCAAAGGUGGUCCUCACCAAGGACUCCACGACCAUUGUUGGUGAUGGUAGCACACAGGAAGCAGUCAACAAACGAGUUGCACAAAUUAAAAAUCUUAUAGAGGCUGCAGAGCAAGAUUACGAGAGGGAAAAACUGAAUGAAAGAAUUGCAAAAUUAUCAGGAGGUGUUGCUGUCAUUCAGGUUGGAGCACAAACUGAAACUGAACUGAAAGAAAAGAAACUUAGAGUGGAAGAUGCUUUAAAUGCCACAAAGGCUGCUGUUGAGGAAGGCAUUGUCGUCGGGGGAGGAUGCACUCUUUUGAGACUUUCUGCAAAAGUGGAUGCCAUCAAGGAGAGCCUUGCUAAUGAUGAGGAGAAGGUUGGAGCUGAUAUUGUCAAGAGAGCUUUGAGUUACCCUCUGAAGCUGAUUGCUAAAAAUGCUGGUGUUAAUGGAAGUGUUGUCAGUGAGAAGGUCCUUUCAAGUGAUAACCCAAAAUAUGGAUACAAUGCUGCCACGGGCAACUAUGAAGAUUUGAUGGCUGCUGGAAUCAUUGAUCCAACCAAGGUGGUGAGGUGCUGUUUAGAACAUGCAGCAUCUGUGGCCAAGACGUUCUUGAUGUCCGAUUGUGUGGUGGUUGAAAUCAAGGAGCCAGAGCCAGCUGUUGCACCAAACCCCAUGGAUAACUCAGGAUACGGUUACUAGGUAAAUGAUAAUCAAAGAGAUUCGGGCGUGCUGAGGGACAUGUAAUUGCUGCAAAAUGCAGGUUUUGUAAAAUUUAGUAAUUUUAACUGAGGAGUGGUAAAAAAACCCUGGUUGCUGGUGUGAUUACCUGCCCUCCAGAAUGUGGCUGAGUUAAAAAAAACAUUAUGUGCUGAAAUUUACUGUACGGAGUUUGAGACUUUUAAUAAUGUUUGGUCCCUUCACACUCCAAUGUCUCUAUUUCCUUCUUAUAUUUUAUGUGGGCUUCGAACUAACACUUUAGGUACAAACUGUCUAAGACUACGUGAAAGAAAACUAAAGAAAAUGG